UAUCGUGGCGUUAUUUGUCGUUUUCCUCGCUUAUGGCGCUGGAAAUGGACCCCUUGCUCCACGCCUUGAGUUAUUUCAGGCGGAGGAAGUUCCAACUCUGUUCGGAUCUGUGUUCCCAGGUGCUGGAAAAGGAGCCUGGCGAUCAGGCUUCAUGGUGUUUAAAAAUGCGAGCGUUAACAGAAAUGGUUUAUGUGGAUGAAAUUGAAGUGGAUCAGGAAGGCAUAGCUGAAAUGUUGCUGGAUGAAAAUGCAAUUGCACAAGUUGCACGACCUGGUACUUCGCUUAAAAUACCUGGAACUGGUCAUGGCGCUGGGCCUAGCAAAGCUAUCAGGCCAGUGACACAAACAGGGCGACCCCUGACAGGUUUUGUACGACCUAGCACACAGGCUGGGAGACCAGGUAGCAUUGAACAAGCCUUAAAGACUCCAAGAACUGCUCACACUGCCCGUCCAAUGACUAGUGCUUCAGGGAGAUAUGUCAGGCUUGGAACAGCCUCCAUGCUCACUAAUCCUGAUGGUCCUUUCAUCAAUGUGUCUCAACUGAAUUUAAAUAAUUAUGCUCAAAAACCAAAGUUGGCAAAGGCUUUGUUUGAAUACAUUUUUCAUCAUGAGAGUGAUGUUAAGAAUGCUUUAGAUUUGGCAGCAUAUGCCACACAGCAUGUCCAAUUCAAGGACUGGUGGUGGAAAGUACAAAUUGGGAAGUGUUAUUACAGACUAGGAUUAUACCGUGAAGCAGAAACACAAUUUAAGUCAGCUCUCAGACAACAAGAUAUGGUAGAUACAGUAUUGUACUUGGCAAAAGUAUAUUCCCGCUUGGAUCAGCCUCUGACAGCUUUAAAUGUUUUCAAACAAGGGUUAGAACGAUUUCCUGGAGAAGUUUCCCUCCUUUGUGGUAUGGCCAGGAUUCAUGAGGAAAUGAACAACAUUUCUACAGCUGCAGAAUGCUAUAAAGAUGUCUUAAAACAAGAUAAUACCCAUGUGGAAGCCAUUGCAUGCAUUGCAAGUAAUCAUUUUUACUCUGACCAGCCAGAGAUAGCUUUACGUUUUUAUAGGCGGCUCCUGCAGAUGGGCAUUUAUAACAGCCAACUCUUUAACAAUCUAGGCCUCUGCUGUUUCUAUGCCCAGCAAUAUGACAUGAUUCUCAGUUCAUUUGAACGUGCACUAUCUCUAGCAGAAAGCGAGGAACAAGCUGCAGAUGUGUGGUACAACUUGGGACAUGUAGCUGUGGGAAUAGGUGAUAGAAACUUGGCUCAUCAAUGUUUCAAAUUGACUUUGGCUAACAACAAUGACCAUGCAGAAUCCUAUAAUAACUUGGCUGUGUUGGAAAUGCAAAAAGGUCAUAUUGAGCAGGCAAGAGUGUUUCUGCAGACGGCUUCAUCAAUAGCACCUCAUAUGUAUGAGCCACAUUUCAAUUUUGCUGUCUUGUCUGAAAAGGUUGGAGAUCUCCAAAGAAGCUAUAUAGAAGCUCAGAAGUCCAAAGAAAUUUUUCCAGAGCAUGUCGACUCUCAGCAACUUAUUAAUCAGUUAAAACAGCACUUUGCCAGACUGUGAUGUACUUCCCACCAAAAAAAAAAAAAAAUUUCUUCAAAACUGCAGACUUGUGCAAAAUUACAAAGAAUUCUCAGAACACUUUUACAUUUAUAUGCUGAGAAUUUUAUUUAAACUGGGUGCAAACUGAAGAUUGUUAUUCUCUUAGCUGCUUUAGUAGAAUCUUAUCUUUU